UCGAUAUAUAACUCUUCCUCGCCCACCGUACCUGAUUAGGGUUUGCGCGCGGCGGAAGCGGAAGGGGAAGAAAGCGACGAAGGGGGAGAGGCGAUUCUAUCCCGAUGGCGAGGAUUAAGGUUCACGAGCUUCGGGGGAAGUCCAAGGCGGAGCUCCAGGCCCAGCUGAAGGACCUCAAGAACGAGCUUUCCCUCCUCCGCGUCGCCAAAGUCACCGGUGGCGCACCCAACAAGCUCUCCAAGAUUAAGGUGGUUAGGGUGUCGAUCGCGCGGGUGCUGACCGUGAUCUCGCAGAAGCAGAAGGAGGCGCUGAGGGAGGCCUACAAGAACAAGAAGUUCAUCCCGCUCGAUCUCCGCCCCAAGAAGACUCGUGCCAUCCGCCACCGUCUCACCAAGCAUCAGGAUUCAUUGAAGACAGAACGGGAGAAGAAAAAGGAGAUGUACUUCCCGAUGAGAAAGUAUGCCAUCAAAGCUUAGAUUAGAAUGCUUAUGAAUCCACUCUUGCUUUAUAAUGAGUACUGUAUGUUUUGACUUGUGCUUUAUCGAUUAAUUAAUUUUGCAACACUAUGGUUGGAUUUUGUACUUUAAAAUGGCUGAGGAAGACGAUAUAUUGUGUGAUCAA